AUAUACUUCUGAAUUUCACACAGCUGAUACCUAUUAAUAACUCUUUUGACUUAAGUGGCCAAAGCAGAUGACAUCGGAGUAUAUCCCAAGGACUGUAUGUUAGGUCAUUUGUGCUGAUUUUCCAGAAUAUAAGACUUUAUCAGACAAGUCAGUCAUGGGUCUGCUGACAUUUCUCAUUAUACCCCUGCUGAUUUUGGGGAUCAGUGGAAUUCUUUAUAUUUAUAGGAAAGUUGUUAAGUUAAUGUCACGAACAGCUAUGAAGAAUAAAGUUGUUGUUAUAACUGAUGCAGUUUCAGGACUGGGAAAAGAGUGUUCCAGAGUAUUUCACGCUUCUGGUGCUCGGCUGGUCCUUUGCGGAAAGAGUUGGGACAAGUUAGAAGCUCUUCAUGAUGCUUUAAUAAGUGUUGCUGACCCCAGUGUGACGUUUACACCGAAGCUCGUUCUUCUUGAUAUAAGUGACAUAAAUAAUAUUGAGAGUCUUGGUAAAGAAAUUCUGGAUUGCUAUGGAUGCGUGGAUGUUUUAGUUAAUAACGCCAGCAUGAAGAUAAAAGGACCUGUGCAAAGUGUGACUUUAGAACUAGAUAAGAAGAUAAUGGACGCCAACUAUUUUGGACCCAUCACUUUAACAAAAGCCAUUCUGCCUCACAUGAUUUCAAGAAGAACCGGACAAAUUGUGCUGGUGAACACAAUACAAGGCAAGCUUGGUGUUCCAUUUCGUGCCGCAUAUGCAGCGUCCAAGCAUGCAGCACAAGGAUUUUUCGAUUGCCUUCGUGCGGAAGUGGAGGAGUUUAAUGUAUUUGUGAGUAUAGUAAGUCCCACGUUUAUCCGAUCUUACCAUGUUCAACCACAGCCUGGAAACUGGGAGGCAUCAAUCUGGAAAUUCUUUUUCAGAAAACUGUCUUACGGUGUUCACCCAGUGGAAGUAGCUGAAGAAGUACUCAGUGCUGUUAGCAGAAAGAAGCAAGAGGUUUUCAUCGCAAAUCCAGUUCCGAAAGCUGCUGUUUACGUUAGAACAUUUCUACCAGAACUAUUCUUUGCUGUGGUUUCUACCGGAGUCAAAGAAAAGCAUUUUAUAGAAGAAGAAAAGUGAUUAAGCUCAAGGGAGAAUAAAAAAAAAAUGUAUUUAAUUCAAUAAAAUCAUGGUAUAUCUAAUUUUGGUAACUGCAUGGUAGAAAGUUUAUUCUGGGAAUAUAAGCCAUAUGACUUUGCUGUAAAGAAAUAUUCUUUUUUAAAUACAUUCAUUUUAUAAAUAGUAAACCACUGUAUUGAUUCAUACAGUCGUUUUAUUUUAACAAAAUUAUUAUGCCGAAGUCAUGUUAUGCUACAGUAUAUUAUGUUAGUUACACAAAUGUGAAUUGCAUUUUUGAGAUAUAUAUAUAUAUAUAUAUAUAUAUAUAUAUAUAUAUAUAUAUAUAUAUAUAUAUAUAUAUACUGUAUAUAUAUAUAUAUAUAUGUAUAUAUUAUAAAAUAGCUUUUUAGAUGGUAUUCAUGACUAAAUGUAUAAUCAAAUGUGUCCCUUGUAAAUCAAGUGGAUGAAUUUGGUUUAAAAAACUAGUAAAAAAUUAUACAAUGCUUGUGAAAGAGAACUAUUUAAACAUUUAUUUUUUUAAAUGAAGAAAAGAUCUGUUAAAAUGGUUUAUUCUGAUUUUGCAGCUAAAAGGAAGUGUUUGUGUACAGCUAGUCCAAAAUUAAAAGUUCAUGGUUUAGAGAA